UGUUGAGGACCAGAGUGGUCCUUUCCUCAUUUCGUUGCUCUGACAAAAAUAAUGCAAUAAUGCAACGGAAAUGUAAUGUUCAAAUUCUUGUUUCCAUUUAUGGGAAUAUCUUUAUUUCCUUUGCAGUCGACGGAAAACGAUGCGGAAAAAAUCUUCCAACAUGAACGACGACGUUUUCCGGCCAGGGCGACCCCCCAAGCAAGUUCAUUUGGAGCUGGCAAUCUUUAACGAUGAUGAUCGAGUAAGGAGCAAGGAAAGAUGUAUUUCUGACGGGAAAUUGCACAUAUUUCAAGCGGCAAACUCCGGAAUCGGUGGAGUUUGCGUAGUAGCUUACCUUAAUUUAUGUACUCAGCAUGUGAUUGAUCGUGAUGUCAAAUCAUUUCAUUGACGAAAUCCCUUAUGCUUUUACGAGAAAACGGUGGAUGAAACUCAGGCGACGAAAUCCCUAGCUCAUCAAUUUGAUAGCAUUCUAUUUUUCACCAUUUUCAAUCGUGACUUUAACAUGCUGAAACAUAAGAAAAUCUUCAUCAAAAUGGAAACUCUUUUAGUUCUGGUCUUUUUCUACCUGCCAUCAUCAUUUAAUAAACCUCUAAAACCAUCUGUAUGUAGGGAUGAUCAAGUUACCUAUAGAAAAAAUGGAAGUACAAGAAUACAUUGUUGGACUUUAAUAAAAAUGUGCCCUGUUGGGAUGGGUUUGAAAUUUAAGUUUGUACCUGGAAAAGUGUAUCAAUGGGGAACAUUUAACACUGGUUGUGAGUCGUGCAAGACAGGAAUAACAUUUUCAGACAUAGAAGACUAUAGCMAGUGURAAAACUGUACACAGUGCARGGACAAUGAAAKAUCARUAGGGCAGUGUUACUAUGACAAGGAUGAAAUCCAGUGCACAGGGCAAUGUAAAGAAGGAUUUUAUUGGUCAAAUGCAUCCUGUAUCGCAUGCAGUCAGUGCUGUAGAGAUAUUGGCAAUUGUGCUAGUAGCUGUCCUGAUUUGUCCAGUAAGAACUGUACCUUGACAGCAAAUGAGACUCACAGCACUAGUAAUGCUAAUGGUACUCACGGCAGUAAUGCUAAUGGUACUCAAAGCAAUAAUAUUACUAACAGUACUGUGACCAAUAGCACUAGUCCUUCUAAUGGCAAAAUCCCAAGUGAUCAUGGAGACAAUGGCAGUCCAAAGGAUGAUGCAAAUACUAAAGGAUCAGUAACGCCUGGGCAACUUGUACUUGCGAUUUUGUGCUCUCUGUUUCUACUUUGUGCAUUACUUAUUUUUGCUUGUUUGACAUGUAAAGCACGCAGAACACAACCAGGAAAUAGACCAAAUCGCUUUGUCAUUCAUUAUGAUAACAUAGAUGCCCAGCCUGUAUUUAAGAAAUUAGAUGUGUCAUCUGUUGAAAGUACUGAAGUAGAUUGCCCUAGCAGUACUACAUUGGUUGCUUCAUCUGCUGAUCAUGCUGUAAAUUGCCUACUACAAGGAAAUGAAGUCCCAAUAAAAUUGGAUGAAAGUUGUAAUGAAGAAAAUGGAACUGCAAGUCAAAGACAGGUCAAUAAUCAAGUUGUGUUGGUGGCUGAUUCCCUAAAAGUUAAAGACAUGCCCCUCAUGGAAAGGCUUGAGAUAUGUCGUAAAUUCGAUGAAACAAACAAAUUCUUCACAGACUAUCGUUCAUUGGGUACAGGACUUGGCAUGACRAAUAUGGAGGUUAAUCAAYUAGGCAAUGAAUCCUCUCCAACAUCUUGUAUUCUGCAAAAAUACAAGGAAACAGAUUUAGAGGUUUUCCGUCAAGAAGUUAAAGAAAUUGAGGACUUACGGGCUGGUUUAGCUGAUAGUAUACUAACUGAUACAUGACCUAAGAAUAAGCACACUCAUGAAUGGUACACUCACAAUUUAUCAUAAUUAGAAGCAUAAGCAAAAAAUUUUUGUAACAAAAUGGAAACAAUUUAUACUGCUCUUAUGAUGGCAGCUUACUGGUAUGUGUUUUUUUUUUUUUUGCCAUAUCAAUGAAAAGAAGCUCAUGUAAAGCAAAGGCCCACGUGCAUCCAUGAACCUGUGCAAUCAUUUCUUUGGUUUACAAAAUGAUCUCUUGUUGAAGUGUGUUUUGGACAAAGAUUCUUUGGUGCACAUGGACUUUAAUAGUGCAGUGAGUUUUGGACAAACCUAGAUGGUCAUGUUGUGAAGGUGUUGUGUAGUAGGUUGAUGAUCUUGUGUUCUGUGAGUGUAUUGAUUUUGUGUUUAAGGUACUUGGUUUGUUGUGUUUGUGUUUUGUAUUUUUUUUGUGAAUUGUUGUGUUUGUAUGUUAAGUUUUAUAAAAGAUGGCUUGUAUAUAGUCUUCCUUGCAGUCGUUCUUGUGUGAUCACCGAAAGCUGAGAUAUAAUUUUUGUYAGURCAGCUGUUGUCCAAUAGGCAAAUAUUUUUUAUAUAAUUGUUUGCUUCAUUGAAAAAUUUAUUGCAUCAAAAUAUUUGAAUGCAAAUGGCAUUUCUGCUAGAGGUGGUUUAUAAUAUUUAUUGAAAGUGAAGUUUUCAUAAAAUGCAUACAUAAAAUCCAGUGUUUUUAGUGGAGAUGCUGGCAUCUUACAAUAGCCAAUACAUACACUGGUGUGAAAAUAGCUGUUUUAUACCAUUUAGAACCUAUUAAAGCCUUUUCUUUAGGAAAGUUCUUAAUAGAUGUAAGUAAUAKAAGUAGUGUUAAUGGAUGGCUGGACCUUUCAUCAUAUUUAUAUCACACAUCUAUAAUAUUUAAAUAGUCUAUAUGAAUUUUCUAACUUAUACAUAGUUUAUAAUUUUUUAUUAAUUUUUUUUGUUCUGUCAAUGUUGUAGUAGUGUAAUAAAGUGCAGAAUUUUAGAAUCAUACUUAGAAAUUUUAAUAUAUUAAUAAAAAUCACUUCAUUUUU